CGCAUCGGUGGCCAGCCGCGAAUCGGAAUCAGUCCAACGGAAUCUCGGUAAAGAUACGGCACGGGAAACGGGACAGCUCCGACGUAGUACACGGCCGACGCGGAGGAAUCGCGACGAGCCUAGAGCAUCAGGCAACUUGUCAAUACGCGGGGCCCAACGCGUCGUCGACCACCCGUUGGCGCUUCAGCAGACGGCGGCGGCGGCGGCGGAGCGGAGGAGGAGGAGAGGAAGAAGACGAAGAGACGGAGGUGGUGGCGGCGGAGGAGGAGGAGGUGGUGGAAGACAGCAACAAAGCCGUGACUCGGGAAGUUCGUCUUAGUCCGCCAGUCAGGAUGUCGUCGAGGUCCGACAAGCCCGAGCAGGUUUUAAUUAUCGAGCCGCAGAACGAGCUCCGAUUCAGGGGUCCUUUUACAGGAGGCCCAGUCACAUCAUAUAUAAAAUUAAUUAAUCCAACGAAUAAAAAGGUAUAUUUUAAAAUAAAGACUACUGCCCCAAAGAGAUACUGUGUACGUCCAAACUCUGGUGCUCUCAAGCCAAAGGAUGUCACUGAAAUAGCAGUAUGCUUACAACCAUAUGAUUUCGAUCCGUCGGAGAAAAAUAAACACAAAUUUAUGGUGCAAACUGUGGUAGCACCAGAUGAUGAUGACGAUGAAUAUCCAAUUGAUGUGUGGAAGGAUAUAAAUCCAGAUCAGUUAAUGGACUCUAAAUUGAAAUGCGUCUUUGAGAAUCCCGUAAUUAGCACCACUAGUAGCACGGUUAAAAUGACUGCAACUUCCACAACAACUAAGGCAGACUCUAAUGCGACUAACGGAAAGAAUAAAACAGUUGGCGAUUCGGUCAAAUCGUCGCCUAAGGUUCUUGGUGAAGCAGAAGAGAAACUUAUAAAAGCUGCGCAAGAGGUUAAUCAGCUUAGGGUAGAGGAAAGCACGCUUAGGCAGGAAAAUCUUCAACUUAGGGAAGAUUUAAUGAAGUGGCGAAAUGUGGCGCUGGGCAACGAUGGUAAUCUAGCAGCCGCCAGAGGACUAACCUCGCAGAGCAAUAGCCAGUUAUCUCCGACAUCAACUAGUAUUCUCAUCGCCGUCGCCAUGGUUAUAGUCGGUUACUUGCUGGGAAAACUAAUCUGAACAGCCUUUAUCUUAUCGUAUACCUCAGUGUAUCCCCACCGCCCCCAAAUUUUUUUAGCCUGUCUUCUGCCGUCAUGUGCCAUCAUUCGAUCGCAGGCACAGACUUCAAACGUUGCGUUACUCGAAUGUUCAUAAUAAAUGCUGUAAACACGGACGGUAGUGGUCUAUAUUAAUAGGAUUGCUCGUUACGGGUGUGUGCUUAACCUGAUAAAAUGCUUGGUUUAAAAUUUAUUCUAUAUUUUAUUUAUUUUUUUUUGUUUCUUUUUUUAAACCAUGGUUAGAAGACGCUAAGUAAUGCUCGGUUCAUGUUUAUUAUGUGGUUACAUUCUUAUUUUUAUGCUUGUAAAGGGAUUUUCGCUCUGUAACUUGCUCCCUGCCUUGAAAUAACGUUGAGCAAAAUGUGUACCCGCGAAUAACGAAUAAUGGUUUCGUAUUUAUAAAUACAUAUUCAAAAUAUUAUUCGUCAGUCGCAUCACUCAACGCCUUUGAAAUCUUAUUCGCUAUUGGGAAUAUAAGUUACCACAAUUACUAAUUGUUAUCGCACUCUUUCUCGAAUUUGUACACCACUUAUUCGCAAUAGGCCGAACCGUACUGGUGCAAAAGAUCACACACGAACGAGUGAGGGUGCUAUUACUGUCAUAUAUAGCAUCUUUCUCUACGUAAUAUAACUUUUACGUCACAUAAUCAUGUUGUACAAUCGGAAGAGCAGAAAUAGUCCAGUUGCUGGUGUACUGCAUGAGAACGGUUGUUGCCCAAGUUCGCUCGAUUUGCACUGCUUCGGUGCAUCCGCGCUAGGCGCCGUUCUCAUUCCCUGUUGUACAUAUUGUGUCCAUUUGAAAAUAUAUAUAAUACACAUAGUCGGGGGGUCGGAGGGGGAAAGAGGAAGGUAGAGGCGGAGCUGGCUGACGAGUAGUGGUUUAUGACCCAAUAAUUGGUUGUGUUGGCAGUUGUAUUCCGCCAGCGUUGGUAUUUUAAAUGAGAAAGAUAAAAAGAGAGAAAGAGAGAGAGAGAGAAAGGGACGUUAUAAAAUGCAUUGAACUUACUUGACGCUUCAGUGUACUUUUUAUUUCUUUAUGUUUGUCUUACGAAAAUAACGAAUAAAGAUAUGUCUCGGAUAUCACAAACGCUGAAGGGUUUUGAAUUAUGUACCUCUCUACUCGAAUGUCAUCUAGAUAAGCGUUGGUACGCGAUAGUUAUGCAUGGACAUAUAUUAUUUGUCGAGGAGUCCGAAGCGAACGCGAGUCGCUCAAUCUAAGAUUUCAACGAGCUGACAGGUUGUCAUAUUAAAUACUAUUGUUGAGCACACAUAAUACUUAUCUCACACAGACAUAGAGAUAUUUAUAUAACUGUGCCUUAGGACUAGAAGGCAAUACAGUAUUAACACGAUUUGAACUUUACUGGCUUCCUCCGUCGCUCCGAGUUUUUUUUUUUUUUACAUCACCACACUUGGUCCUCGCAAAUCUUUUUAGCGAGCUACGAAUUUUUCGUGUCUCGCGGCUCUGUAAUAUAUGGACAUAAAGAACAUAAAGAUUACGUUUCACCAUUAAAUUAGACACGUAUACUGUAUAAAUGCGUUUUUCGUCGUGCUUGACGAUGCGUGUAUUUCAUAUAUCGGUGUGAAAUUUUCAUCGCUGUACGAGUUUCUGAUUCGGAGAUGGUUUAUUCGGACUUCUCUUCAAUAUAGCGUUAUUUUUCCAAGACAUUCCUAUAAGUUUGAUUUCGGCGAGAAGAACUCAGCGGCUCUUACAGCGAGAGAACGAUUUUAGAUCUCGAAUCGUGUAAAAUUGAGAGCUCUACCUCUCCUUACAUAUAUAUUUUACAUGUAUAUUCCGUGUAUUAAUUAUGAAGUUUGUUAAUUCGAACCUGAUCUAUGUCGCGUCUUUGUAAAACAGAAUAUAUGUGAAUACAUAUAUAUAUAAUAUAUGAAUAUAUAUAUAUAUGUGUAUGUUAUGUAUAUUCGUGCCUAAGAGAGGGCAAAUGCACGUUUCUUAUCUCGUGCGUUUUAACUGCACCAGAGGUACUCUCCAUUAUUCCGUAGAAAAAAAGAAAACGAUGCAAUUAGUAUGCACAACGCAUAAACAUCCUUAGAUACUACUACGUUAGUGAGAUUUUAUUACAGAUAUACCAAGAAUUUGUUGUAUAUGAUCUAUAUACGAUUGUUAUACGUAUAAUUAUAUAUAUCAUUACCAAGUUUUUGCGGUUUUGCUUCAUGCGUGACCACGUCGUCACGUGCGAUUAAUCUAUUAACAGCGAUUUCGUUAACACUCGUGUUUGAAUAAAAGUAUUCUAUUAAAGAAUGUA